AUGGGACAAAAAAUAAAUCCACUCGGUUUCAGACUUGGUACAACCCAAAAUCACCAUUCCUUUUGGUUCGCACAACCAAAAAAUUAUUCUGAAGGUCUACAGGAAGAUAAAAAAAUACGGAAUUGUAUCAAGAACUAUAUACAACAGAAUAGGAAAAAAGGCUCGAAUAGAAAAAUAGAAUCAGACUCAAGUUCUGAAGUAAUUACACAUAUAGAAAUUCAAAAAGAAAUUGAUACAAUCCACGUCAUAAUCCAUAUUGGAUUCCCCAAUUUAUUAAAGAAAAAGGGAGCAAUCGAAGAAUUAGAGAAAGAUCUCCAAAAGGAAGUUAAUUCUGUAAACCAGAGACUUAAUAUUGCUAUCGAAAAGGUUAAAGAACCUUAUAGACAACCUAAUAUUCUUGCAGAAUAUAUAGCUUUCCAAUUAAAAAAUAGAGUUUCAUUCCGAAAAGCAAUGAAAAAAGCCAUUGAAUUAACUAAAAAAGCAAAGGGAGUAAAAAUCAAAAUUGCGGGUCGUCUAGCAGGGAAAGAAAUUGCACGUGCCGAAUGCAUCAAAAAGGGCAGACUGCCCCUACAAACAAUUCGCGCUAAAAUUGAUUAUUGCUGCUAUCCAAUUCGAACUAUCUAUGGAGUAUUAGGUGUAAAAAUUUGGAUAUUCGUAGAAGAAGAAUAA